CAGCCGGAAAAGGCCACAAUCCCAGCAGUCAACAAGCCACCAAACUGUGGAAGAAAGAGAUAUGUCAAGGAUAAACAAGACGAAGUCAGUACCUUCGUUAGAGCAUCAAAUCAAAGACUUGAAAUGGCGGCGACUUUGUGCCAUAUCCUGAGUAUCCAUCGAUCUCCUAGGUUUCUUCUUACACAAUUAACAUUUGACCAGAGAGAUGGGUCUUAUUCGCUUUACGCCCAACGGCGUCCUUGUAUUGUGUGCUGUUCUCUCAACCGAAAUAUCGCUUCUUUAGAGGUUACUUUUGUCCUAAAAGAAUUUAACCUCUUCUCUUCUCAGGUUGAUUUUGAUGCUCCUCUAGUUCUUCUUCAGUAAACUCUGAUGAGUUUCUCGGACAAUUGCAUGAUUGGAAAAUAUAACUAUAGUUUAGGAUUGGAACUCUUAGAGCACCAUUAACACAGUAUCUUAUGCAUGUCUCUUAGGCUAAUUAUGAUUUAAAAAAAAUAGAAAAAUAGAAAACCCUGAAGACACGUCUCUUAUUCUGGCUCAGCAAGGGACGUCUCUUAUGGACAGCUGUCGAAACAUGUGUGGCUCGGCUUCUCUCUCUCAAAUCCUCUCCUCGACGGCAACGACGGUGACCAAGUCGGUCUCCCUUGGUGGCUCUGAGAAUCGCAUCAAAAUCGCCAAGGCCGGAGCCGUUAAUGAUCUCCUCUUCGGAUCCGCUGUGCUCUGCUAAAGAGAACAAACUUAGAGCCGUGCGGUCGGGUUAUUAAGGAAGGAGAAGCUGAGAUUCUUAUGCAUAAGAAGAACCAAGUCUUCUUCAACAAAGCUCAGGGGAUGUGACGCAAGAUGCAAUGUUUUGGGAAGCCCCAACAGCAAGCGGCUUCCUUGGUUUGGCCAUCAGCUUCACUUCGAUGUGGUUCUUGCAUCAAACCGGACCCACAACAUACAUUGGUUUCAUUCAUCAAGGUUCCGAUAUCAUUAUCUGGUCUUGUACUCUUUGAUGUCCCUCUCAGUCUCCCAAAUUUGUUCAGCAUACAUUUUGAUUUAUUUGCUGGUGUUGUCUUUGCCAGAGCCAAAAUGUCAUAAUCGUGUUUCCAAGCCAAAGUACAACUCGUUGCAAAAUCUCAGGACCGAUGGUGUCCCCUUUCACAAGUCUUGCUUCAGGUGCUCUCACUGCAAAUCCACCCUUCAAGAAAUGGGUGAUGACAAAAUGGCUCAUAGCAAACUUCAAGACAAUCUGAAGAAACUACAAGGAAUCAGCUUGAAGACGACGGAAAUGGAAGAUACGGCAAAGCCCUUCUACUGCAAAGGAACUGUUGAAUGCUGCGAGUUCAAGAAACAGAGCUCAAAAUCCUAG